AAGUAAAUUUGGCAACUUUGAACAAACAUAAAUUUGAUCAGUGCUACCACAAAUACUUUCCAGCUGUAUGAUUCCCUUUCAUGAAUAAACCUACAACCCCAUCUCGUCAGUCCACGUCUCUGUCUAAACCCGACAGUCUCCUCAUCCACCGGUCACCUUAUCGGCUUUUCUUCCCUUCCCAUAUACAUCCUUUUUAAAUACCACAGCCUGCGCAUUCAUUUUCAACAGUGAAGACAAAACCCAAAGUGAAAAUAUGGGCAGUCCGGUUGAGUCCAAUGGAUCUUUGGGAAACAAUAUUCACAUUUUCCUCAUCAGUUUUCCAGCUCAGGGUCACGUCAACCCACUUCUCCGGCUGGGCAAGCGGCUCGCGAGUUUCGGCCUGUUUGUCACUCUUUCUGCACCCGAAUUCGCGGGCCUCAGCAUCCGGAAAGCUAACACCAUCACCGACGAUGAGCCCACCCGUUUGGGCACCGGCAUGAUCCGGUUCGAGUUCUUUGAUGACGGCUGGGACUUCAACGACCCGAACCGUGACGACCUCGACUCCUACUUGGCCCAGCUGGAGCGUGUGGGGCGACAAAAACUACCACAGAUGAUCCGGAAACAGGCGGAAAAGGGUCGACCGGUUUCUUGCUUGGUCAAUAACCCUUUCAUUCCAUGGGUUUCUGAUGUUGCUGAGAUUCUUGGAAUCCCGAGUGCCAUGCUUUGGGUUCAAUCUUGUGCUUCUUUCUCUACGUAUUACCAUUAUUACAAUGAACUCGCGCCUUUCCCUAGUGAACAUGAACCAGAGAUUGAUGUCCAGUUACCUUAUAUGCCUUUGUUGACUUACGAUGAAGUUCCUAGUUUCCUGCACCCUAGCACCCCCUACCCUUUCUUGCGCAGGGCAAUUUUAGGUCAGUUCAAGAACUUGUCCAAACCCUUUUGCAUAUUAAUGGACACGUUUCAAGAACUGGAGCAUGAGGUCGUUGAACACAUGUCCAAAGUUUGUCGCCCCAUCAAGACUAUAGGCCCACUGUUCAAAGAACUCAAGAGCCCUAGUACUGGUAAUUUUACUUCAGAAUCAAAUGCGAUUCGCGCCGAUUUUUAUGCAGCAGACAGCUGUUUGGAGUGGCUGGACUCAAAAACCCCUCAGUCGGUGGUGUACAUUUCGUUUGGCAGUGUUGUACAUUUGAAGCAAGAACAAGUGGACGAGAUCGCCCACGGGCUUCUGGGCUCCGAGGUUUCAUUUCUAUGGGUUGUGAGGCCGCCGCCGAAGGAGUUGAAGGUUGAGCCGCAUGUUCUGCCACAAGGAUUUUUGGAGAAAGCAGGUGAUAAGGGGAAGAUAGUGAAGUGGAGCCCGCAAGAGCAGGUGCUGGCCCACCCCUCCACGGCCUGUUUCGUGACGCACUGCGGCUGGAACUCGACGAUGGAGGCGCUGGCGAGUGGUGUCCCGGUGGUGGCGUUCCCUCAGUGGGGCGAUCAGGUGACGGAUGCCAAGUUCUUGGUUGAUGUUUUUAAGGUUGGGAUUAGGCUGUGUAGGGGUGAUUCUGAGGGCAGGAUUGUACCUCGCGACGAGGUGGAGAGGUGCUUCAGGGCCGCGACUGGAGGCCCCGAGGCAGCGGAGAUGAAGCAGAAUGCUCUGUUGUAAUUCGUAGAUUAUUGCUACCUCAAGUUUAUUGAGCCUUCGUUUCGUAGUAUAGUAACAUUUUUUAUGACAAAAAUUCAGUGCUCUUGCCACGUACGGGUUGUGUUACUAAACACGAAAAUCUAAUCACUUGAAAAUUUAUAUAUAGA